AUGGGGAGGAUAUCCAGGGAACCCAAGACCGAAUAUGCUCCCUCUCAAAAACGCCUGGGAGAACUUUCACUCAGUUGCCAGGCAGCAAUGAUCAUCGGAGCAUAUGAAGCGGAGAAUACACCAUUAGGACAAACAUUUGAAGAAGCAUUUGCGACCGUCUCAUCGUUUCGAUACAGAGGGAAAGAGGCAUGUUUGGGCUGGCAAACUAGGCGGUCGCUACUUAAGCAAUGGAGAAAAGAUUUUGAACGACAAGAUCUGGCUGGAGUUGUGUGGGGUGAUGUUGCUACAUCUAGGGAAUAUCAGGAGCCUUCGGAAAAGGAUCAGAAAAUGGCCGCAAAAAUCUGCAAUUUCGAAACACCGUCGGAAAAAGCUGGCUUGAUUCUUCAUUGUCCGGCUGAACAAGAGGAAGACAAUAUUUCGAAUCAAGAGGUUGUGGAGCUUCAUGUCGGCUCGGAAAACGAAGUGAUCCAUGUCAGCAAGAUUCUCUGUAAGAAGAUCCCAUACUUUUCGAAAAUGUUUGAAGGCUCGUUUCAGGAAGCAACGUCAAAUUCUGCUUCAUUUCCCGAAGAUGAAGUUGACGCUUUCCACGCUUUAAUCUAUUGGGUCAACAACGGAUAUUUGCCUCCAUGGAUUAUUUAUCUCGACGCCAAUGGAGAUGAUACAGACCGGAAAGUUUCUUCAGCUUCAGUCCGGGUCCAAGUGGGAUUUGAUUUUGUUGGGCUUUAUGUGCUAGCAGACAAAUUCUGCGCGUUCAAUUUGAUGAAUUUCAUAACGGACUAUGUCAUAAGAAGCCUGGAGUUGAACGAGUCUGUGUUGCCGAUCGAGGAUAUCUCAGAAAUAUAUGCGAAUGCUCCAGCAAAUACCGGUCUAAGAAGGCUAGCCUGUUAUUCGUUUUAUUAUUCUGUAAAAUCUUGUUCUCAAACUAACUGGCCGACGAAGGACCUCGCUUCCCUUUUACAAACUGACGAUGGCUUGGCAAUUGACUUCAUCGACCUCAUGAGAUCACGGCCUGAUCAUGGUGGAAUCACCAUGGUGGAAUUUGCGACCGAAAGAAGCUCAAAGAAAAGUCAUCAGGCUUGA